AUGAGCUCAAAGGCAGAUGAGGCAGAGCUGGCCUUACUCAACGACGACUCCCUCUCAACGGCGUCCGAUGAUCUUGAAUCCAAUCGCAAACAUAAAGAUACAACAAAUACCACCGAGCCAGAAUAUCAGACGCCGACGUCUGUGAAGUUUAUGUGGCUCGGUUCUUACUUCCUAUUCAGCAUGUUAUUGACGUUGUACAAUAAGCUCCUUCUAGGAUCUUUCAAAUUCCCUUGGCUGCUAACAUGUAUGCAUGCCACUUUCGCCUCGCUGGGUACCUCGGUACUAUUGAAACUUGGACGUUUUAAACUCUCAAGAUUGGGCCGAAGAGAACAUCUGGCGCUGGUCGCAUUCUCGGUGCUCUUCACGGCGAACAUCGCCAUGUCAAACCUUUCGCUAUCCCUCGUGAGCCUAGCCUUUUUCCAAAUCAUCCGCAAUACCGUCCCCAUCUUCACCGUUCUGAUAUACCGGCUCUGGUUCGGGCGCUCGUACUAUAUGGCCACAUACCUCUCCCUCUGUCCUAUCAUUAUUGGUGCGGGAAUGACUGUUGUUGGGGAAUACCAUUACUCUGCUUUUGGUCUAUUCAUCACAGUAUUCGGAGUGGUUCUCGCAGCGGUUAAGACCGUCACAACCAACCGGCUGAUGACAGGAUCCCUGGCACUCCCUUCCAUGGAGCUCCUGUUCCGAAUGUCUCCACUCGCGGCGCUCCAAUCCUUUGUGCUCGCGGUAAUUGCCGGAGAGCUGCCAGCUUUUGCAGAUUCCAUGUCUCAGCGUGCAGCCGAGUCCUCCAGACUAGCCACCAUGGCGACCGUCGCAUUCCUACUUGGAAAUGGACUACUGGCAUUUUUCCUCAAUGUUUCUUCUUUCCAAACGAACAAGCUGGCCGGUGCUCUAACAAUCUCAGUUUGCGGGAACCUUAAGCAGGCUCUCACGCUAGCUAUUGGGAUCAUUGUGUUCAAAGAUUUCACAGUGGAUAUCUUGAACGGUAUAGGUAUCCUUCUUGUGAUAGCUGGUUGCGCAUUUUUCAGCAAAGCAGAGCUAGAUUCUAAAAGAAUCUCCGCGGUAUAG